AUGACGUCAUUGCACCAGGUACUUCAGGUCUAUCCUUCAGGUACUUCAGGUCUGUCCUUCAAGUACUUCAGGUCUAUCCUUCAGGUACUUCAGGUCUAUCCUUCAGGUACUACAGGUCUAUCCUUCAGGUACUUCAGGUCUAUCCUUCAGGUACUUCAGGUCUAUCCUUCAAGUACUUCAGGUCUAUCCUUCAAGUACUUCAGGUCUGUCCUUCAAGUACUUCAGGUCUAUCCUUCAGGACAAGGGGCGCCCAUAGGACAAGGAGGGCCCAUAGCACAAGGGGCGCCCAUAGGACAUGGGGCGCCCAUAGCACAAGGAGCGCCCAUAGGACAUGGGGCGCCCAUAGCACAAGGAGCGCCCAUAGGACAAGGGGCGCCCAUAGCACAAAGAGCGCCCAUAGGACAAGGGGCACCCAUAGGACAAGGGGCGCCCAUAGGACAAGGAGCGCCCAUAGCACAAGGGGCGCCCAUAGGACAAGGGGCGCCCAAAGAACAAGGGGCGCCCAUAGCACAAAGAGCGCCCAUAGGACAAGGGACGCCCAUAGGACAAGGAGCGCCCAUAGGACAAGGGGCGCCCAUAGGACAAGGAGCGCCCAUAGGACAAGGAGCGCCCAUAGGACAAGGGGCGCCCAUAGGACAAGGAGGGCCCAUAGCACAAGGGGCGCCCAUAGGACAAGGAGCGCCCAUAGGACAAGGAGCGCCCAUAGGACAAGGGGCGCCCAUAGGACAAGGGGCGCCCAUAGCACAAGAAGCGCCCAUAGGACAAGGGGCGCCCAUAGCACAAAGAGCGCCCAUAGGACAAGGGGCGCCCAUAGGACAAGGGGCGCCCAUAGGACAAGGAGCGCCCAUAGGACAAGGGGCGCCCAUAGGACAAGGGGCGCCCAUAGGACAAGGAGCGCCCAUAGCACAAGGGGCGCCCAUAGGACAAGGGGCGCCCAUAGGACAUGGGGCGCCCAUAGCACAAGGAGCGCCCACAGCACAGGGAGCGUCCAUAGAACAAGGAGCGCCCACCGCACAAGGAGCGGACACAACACAAGGAGCGGACACAACACAAAAAGCGCCCACAGCACAAGGAGCGCCCACAGCACAAGGGGCGCCCAUAGGACAAGGGGCGCCCAUAGGACAUGGGGCGCCCAUAGCACAAGGAGCGCCCACAGCACAAGGAGCGCCCACAGCACAAGGAGCGCCCACAGCACAAGGAGCGCCCACAGCACAAGGAGCGCCCACAGCACAAGGAGCGCCCACAGCACAAGGAGCGCCCACAGCACAAGGAGCGCCCAUUAACAUGAAAAUAUCGUCGCCUGCGCGUCAAGGUCCCGACAGGUCGCCUGGGGCCGCGUCAAGGUCCCGACAGGUCGCCUGGGGCCGCGUCAAAGACCCGACAGGUCGCCUGGGGCCGCGCCAAGAUCCCGACAGGUCGCCAAGGUCCCGACAGGUCCCCUGGGGCCGCGCCAAGGUCCCGACAGGUCGCCUGGGAGCGCGGCAAGGUCCCGACAGGUCGCCUGGGGCCGCGUCAAAGAUCCGACAGGUCGCCUGGGGCCGCGUCAAAGACCCGACAGGUCGCCUGGGGCCGCGCCAAGGUCCCGACAGGUCCCCUGGGGCCGCGCCAAGGUCCCGACAGGUCGCCUGUGAGCGCGGCAAGGUCCCGACAGGUCGCCUGGGGCCGCGUCAAAGAUCCGACAGGUCGCCUGGGGCCGCGUCAAAGACCCGACAGGUCGCCUGGGGCCGCGCCAAGGUCCCGACAGGUCGCCUGGGGCCGCGCCAAGGUCCCGACAGGUCGCCUGGGGCCGCGUCAAAUAAUCGACAGGUCGCCUGGGGCCGCCCUAAGGUCCCGACAGGUCGCCUGGGGCCGUGCCAAGGUCCCGACAGGUCGCCUGGGGCCGUGCCAAGGUCCCGACAGGUCACCUGGGGCCGCGCCAAGGUCCCGACAGGUCGCCUGGGGCCGCGCCAAGGUCCCGACAGGUCGCCUGGGGCCGCGCCAAGGUCCCGACAGGUCGCCUGGGGCCGCGCCAAGGUCCCGACAGGUCGCCUGGGGCCGCGCCAAGGUCCCGACAGGUCGCCUGGGGCCGCGCCAAGGUCCCGACAGGUCGCCUGGGGCCGCGCCAAGGUCCCGCCAGGUCGCCUGGGGCCGCGCCAAGGUCCCGACAGGUCGCCUGGGGCCGCGCCAAGGUCCCGACAGGUCGCCUGGGGCCGCGCCAAGGUCCCGACAGGUCGCCUGGGGCCGCGCCAAGGUCCCGACAGGUCGCCUGGGGCCGCGCCAAGGUCCCGACAGGUCGCCUGGGGCCGCGCCAAGGUCCCGACAGGUCGCCUGGGGCCGCGCCAAGGUCCCGACAGGUCGCCUGGGGCCGCGCCAAGGUCCCGACAGGUCGCCUGGGGCCGCGCCAAGGUCCCGACAGGUCGCCUGGGGCCGCGCCAAGGUCCCGACAGGUCGCCUGGGGCCGCGCCAAGGUCCCGACAGGUCGCCUGGGGCCGCGUCAAAGACCCGACAGGUCGCCUGGGGCCUUGCCAAGAUCCCGACAGGUCGCCUGGGGCCGCGUCAAAGACCCGACAGGUCGCCUGGGACCGCGUCAAAGACCCGACAGGUCGCCUGGGGCCGCAUCAAAGACCCGACAGGUCGCCUGGGGCCUUGCCAAGAUCCUGUCAGGUCGCCUGGGGCCGCGUCAAAGACCCGACAGAUCUCCUGGGGCCGCGUCAAAGGCCCGACAGAUCUCCUGGGGCCGCAUCAAAGCCCCGACAGGUCGCCUGGGGCCGCGUCAAAGACCCGACAGGUCGCCUGGGACCGCGUCAAAGACCCGACAGGUCGCCUGAAGCCGCAUCAAAGACCCGACAGGUCGCCUGGGGCCUUGCCAAGAUCCUGUCAGGUCGCCUGGGGCCUUGCCAUGAUCCCGACAGGUCGCCUGGGGCCGCGUCAAAGACCCGACAGAUCUCCUGGGGCCGCGUCAAAGGCCCGACAGAUCUCCUGGGGCCGCAUCAAAGCCCCGAUAGGUCGCCUGGGGCCGCAUCAAAGCCCCGACAGGUCGCCUGGGGCCGCGUCAAAGACCCGACAGAUCUCCUGGGGCCGCAUCAAAGCCCCGACAGGUCGCCUGGGGCUUUGCCAAGAUCCCGACAGGUCGCCUGGGGCCGCGUCAAAGACCCGACAGGUCGCUUAGGGGCCGCGUCAAAGACCCGACAGGUCGCCUGGGGCCGCGUCAAAGACCCGACAGGUCGCUUAGGGGCCGCGUCAAAGACCCGACAGGUCGCCUGGGGCCGCGUCAAAGACCCGACAGGCCGCUUAGGGGCCGCGUCAAAGACCCGACAGGUCUCUUGGGGCCGCGUCAAAGACGCCGACAGAUCGCCUGGGGCCGCGUCAAAGACCCGACAGAUCUUCUGGGGCCGCGUCAAAGACCCGACAGAUCUUCUGGGGCCGCGUCAAAGACCCGACAGAUCUUCUGGGGCCGCGUCAAAGACCCGACAGGUCGCUUAG